AUGUACAGUAAAGCCGCCAAUGGAAUGGCUGAAGACCUCCUCGACCAAGUGGCGUACGGCGAAGGUGGCUUCCAUUUCGAAACUGUUAUGAGAGUGCGCGAAGUCGACGGACAGUUUCAAGUGCUUGUGAAGUGGCAAGGCAUUGAAGAUGACGAAGCCUCGAAGGAAUCGGCAGUCAACCUGUACGAAGGUGUCCCAGUACUCCUGCAAAAGUGGGUCGCGUCAACGGAUGAUCAAGACAAUCGUCCGGGCAUGCGAGUUGCCCUGGAAAUGACACUGGGUCAUAUCUCCGGUCGGUUGGCCGGUGAGUUUGGGGGGACUAACAGUCCGCGACACCUUCGAGGACACCAGUGA